CACGACAAAAACUUCAACUGUGUGGUGUGGAGGGACACGGUUCCCUUUCUCUCCCCCUUCCCCGCCCUCUUCUGUUUCGUGUGCGUACACAGUCCAAACGUCCGUCAUUUCGGAGACUUCCGACCGAUCUCUUUUUUUCGCUCCCAAGCUUCCGAUCUGCAGGGAUUCGAAGGGUGUGACCUUCAUGGAUCGCGCCGAGCUGACGACGGAACAGGUUCUCAAGCGUGAUAUACCAUGGGAGAUUUACAUGUCAAGUAAGCUCAUUACUGGAACAGGCCUUCAGCUAUUACGGCGCUAUGACAAGAGAACUGAAAGCCAAAAAGCUAGUUUGCUUGAUGAUGAUGGACCAGCUUAUGUUAGAACUUUUGUGAGCAUUUUACGUGACAUUUCUAAAGAAGAGGCAGUAGAAUAUGUGCUUGCUCUUAUUGAUGAAAUGCUGACAGCAAAUCCUAAACGGGCUAGACUCUUUCAUGACAAGUCUCUGUCGGGUGAUGAUAUUUAUGAACCUUUCUUAAGAUUGCUUUGGAGUGGCAACUGGUUCAUGCAAGAAAAAUGCUGCAAAAUAUUGUCUCUCAUAGUGAGUGUUCGACCCAAAGUUCAUAAUGGCAUGAUUCCAAAUGGAGAAUCGUCUGAUUCAACAAGCAAGUUUACAAAUAUUAAUGAAGUGUUAAACAGCCUGGCCAAAUGGCUCUGCUUUCAGGUGAAGAAUCCAUCUCACCCCAGUAGUUCUGUUCCGACAGCUAUAAAUAGCUUAGCAACAUUGCUUAGAGAAUCCAGUGUUCGAGUUUCAUUUGUCCAAGCUGACGGCAUAAAAUUGCUUGUUCCUUUAAUUUCUCCAGCAUCCACUCAGCAGUCUAUUCAGCUCCUCUAUGAAACGUGUCUCUGUGUUUGGCUCUUGUCAUAUUAUGAUAAGGCAGUCGAAUACAUGGCCACUACUAGGGUCCUGCCAAGACUUGUAGAGGUUGUAAAAGGAUCUACUAAAGAGAAGGUUGUUAGAGUCAUCAUAUUGACCUUUCGCAAUUUGCUAUCAAAGGGUGCUUUUGGGGCUCAAAUGAUUGAUCUUGGAUUGCCACAAAUAGUCCAAAGUUUAAAAGCUCAGGCAUGGAGCGAUGAGGAUUUAUUGGGAGCCCUGAAUCAGCUAGAAGAAGGGCUCAGAGAUAACAUUAAAAGGUUGAGUUCUUUUGAGAAAUAUAAGCAAGAAGUCCUUCUGGGUAAUCUUGACUGGUCUCCCAUGCACAAGGACCCUGGAUUCUGGCGUGAGAAUAUUACAAACUUUGAAGAGAACGAUUUCCAGAUUCUGCGCGUCCUUGUCACAAUUCUUGACACAUCGACCGACCCAACAGCACUUGCCGUUGCUUGCUAUGACUUGUCCCAAUUCAUUCAGUUCCAUCCAGCUGGGCGUAUUGUUGCGAAUGACCUCAAGGCAAAAGAGCGGGUAAUGAAGCUUAUGAAUCACGAAAAUGCUGAAGUAAGAAAGAAUGCCCUCGUUUGCGUGCAGAGACUCUUCCUUGGUGCCAAAUAUGCCAGCUUUUUGCAGUCUUAGAAGUCUUAAAAUGUUUAUCCCUCCGAUCGACGCUGAGAUUUGUUUCUUAAUUAAAUAUGUCAGCACAUCGUGCUGUGUGGUGAAGAUUUAGCCACACUGUUGUUGUUGUUGUUGCAAGCUAUGCCUGAGGAGAGAAAAGACCUCAAGAAUUGCUAUCCCGUUUGAUACCUGACCGGUUUUUUUAUAGAUUGAAAUUCCGGAUCCAAGACUAUUCUGUUAUUGUUAUCAUAGUAUUUUUGCUUUCUCCAUGUAAUAAACCGUAAUGCUUGAUUUUUGCAUGCAAUAAUAAUAUACAAUAUUUGGUCGUGUUGCCUGGUUUCAGGCGGCAUUAUACUA